GCCCAGGGGGACACACCGGGGCUGGGAUCAGGACCGGGACCGGUUUUCGGGAGGGGAAAGAGCCGACACCGAAGAGCACCGGAACAGAGAACGGGGUGGAACCGGGACUGUGAGGGAACGCCGGAACCAGAAGCCGGGAUGGGAGAUAAUCAGGCCCGAGGGGACAGCCGGGACCGGGAUCGACGGCCCCCAGAGCUCGGCAUGGCGGGCCGGGGCCGCGGCCGGGGCCGGGGGCAGAUGACCUUCAACGUGGAGGCCGUGGGCAUCGGUAAGGGGGACGCGCUGCCCCCGCCCACGCUGCAGCCCUCGCCCCUCUUCCCGGCCCUGGAGCGCCGCGCCGCGCCCCUGCCCGGAGGCGAGGAGGGCGAGUACAUGCUGGCCCUGAAGCAGGAGCUGCGCAGGGCCAUGAGGGGGCUCCCCUACUUCGUCAAACCGGGGGCACCCCGCAGAGACAUUGAGCGCUACUCGGACAAGUACCAGCUCUCCAGCCCUGUGGACAGUGCCAUCGACUGGAACCCAGACUGGAGGCGGCUCCCACGGGAGCUGAAGAUCCGUGUACGGAGGCUGCGGAAGAGCAGGACCACUGCCAUCGUCCCCAAGCAGUACGUGGCACUGGACAAGGAGGAGACGAUUAAGAAGCUGGAGAGCCUGGAGAAGAAGGAGGAGGAGGUGACAUCAGAGGAGGAAGAGGAUAAGGAGGAGGAAGAAGAGGGAAAGGAGGAGGAGGAGGAGGAAUACGAUGAGGAGGAGCACGAAGAGGAGACUGACUAUGUCCUGUCGUACUUUGACAACGGGGAGAGCUUUGGCCCUGACAGCGAUGAUAACGGCGACGAGGCAGUGUACUGAUCCCGCUGGGGUACGGACCUUGGGGUUCCCCAUCCCCGGCCUUGGGGCAGCGUGAUCUGGGAUCUGUGGCCCGCCCGUCAUCCUCCGUGCCACCGCCAGGUGGCGCCGGUGCUCCGGGGCGUGGGGCGCUCCAGGGAGGGACAGGGGGGGUCGGAUCCUGAUUUUUGGGGUGGGUUUGGUGUGAUGGGGGGUCUCUCUGACAACCCCCCCACACCUUUUACAGCAUCUUUUUAACUUCUGUGCUUUUUUAAAACAAAAUUUUGCGAGGAUUGA